AUGUCCUCACGAAAUCUCAACAGCCUCGCAGUCAAGCUCAAAGAGCUCCACGUAUCAGGGAAUCCCCUUCUGCUCGCUAACGUCUGGGAUGCAUCCUCUGCUCAAGCUAUAGCUUCGCAUACAGCUACCAUGGCGGUUGCGACCGCCUCAUAUGCAAUCGCAUCGACACAAGGGAUCGAGGACAAUGACAUGACGGCUAAGCAGAAUUUGACAGGAGUUCGAAACGUGGUCGCCGGUCUUCGAAAAGCUGGCAAAGCUGAUUCAAUACCACUCAGUGCUGACUUGCAAGAUGGGUAUGAUGGUCCAGGUGAAACAAUCAAGCAGGCGAUUGCUCUCGGCGUGGUGGGCUGCAAUCUCGAGGAUGUAGACAACACGAAUCAUACUCUGCGGAGCAUAGACGAUGCCUCAAACAGAAUCUCGACAGUUCUACGGGCUGCGGAAGAUGCUGGUGUCCCUGAUUUUGUAGUUAAUGCGAGGACUGAUGUGCUUGGAUAUGGUGGUAACAUCAAAGACGUGAUUGAGAGAGGAAAGGCAUAUCUCGAAAGAGGCGCCACGACGGUGUUUGUAUGGGGCGUGGGCAAGUGGGAUAUAAAGGAGGAGGAAGUGGAGGAGAUGGUUGCAGCCUUUCAUGGUAACCUAGCUGUGCAACCUGGAAGCAUUGGCAUUAAGAGAUUGACUGAGCUGGGUGUGAGUAGGAUCAGUGUAGGGCCUGCACUCUGGCGAAAGAGCAACAGUGUCCUGGUGGAAGAGGCGCAGACGAUGGGGCUUUUCUAA